AUGGGCUGGUGGUACCAUAUCGUCACGCUUGAGCCCGAGGCCGAAGUCGACCGGCGGAAUCUGAUCAAUCGAUACGGACUCUAUUCCCAGUUGUCCGUGCUGAUCCCGAUUGCCGCUUAUCAGAUCUACCGGCUGGCGUUGUGGCUGCGGGCCCGGAAACAGAGGGCCGAUGUCGCAUACUCAGUUGUGGGAGAGCCACCAGCUACUCCGCAGUCAAGCCAUGCGUCGUUGACGGCCCUACAGGCUCGCUGGAGGGCUGCGCAAUGGUGGCUGGAUGGUGAACUGGCGCCUGAUUGGGGACUCAGGAAGCGGUGGAUUGUUGGAGGUGUCUGGACUUUGUGGAUGACGAUUCUCUGCUUUAGCCAAACAGGCCACGACUAUCUUCAUCUAGCGAAGCGGAUUGGACGAGUUGCGGCAGCGCAGUUGCCAUUCCACUAUUUGCUCUCGAUCCGAACCCGCUAUUCACCGCUGACAGCCCUUUUCGGGACGUCACAUGAGAAUUUGAUUCAUUGGCAUCAAGUCUGCGGUCGCAUUAUCAUGAUGUUCUUCAUCGCCCAUGGUUUGCUUACGCGCCUUCGGUCCAGGCAUGCAAUUACAGGACUGAUGGCGAUUGGCCUCAUGUCCAUUCUGAUGAGCACAAGCAUCCAGCUUGUCCGCCGGUGGAGCUACCGCGUCUUCUUUCUCUUCCACCUUGUCAUCGGCCUGGUCGUACUUCCGAUCCUCUUUUUCCACGCGAAGCCACUCGCCAUUUACACCAGUGAGGCUCUAGCAAUCUUCAUCGUGGACAGAGUGCUCCGACGAUUGGCUACUAUCAUCGAGCCUGCGACGAUCACGCGCAUUCCUCAUACCGAUCUCUUGAAGGUGCAGAUUUCUAUUCCUGAAUCCAGACUGGCGCGCUACCAAGGGAGCUACGCCCAGCAUGUCUUCGUAGGAUUUCCAUCUGACCGAAGAUUCGGAGAAGUGAAUCGUCUCUUGUCGAACCCAUUCACUAUUGCCGACGUGUCGAAUGGCGAGCUGACCCUCAUUCUUCGAGCCGGUCGCGGGCCUACCACGCAGACUCUGUGGUCUCACGCAGACAAAUACAUAUCCAAGCUGAUGGUGUCGCUCGAGGGCCCAUACAGCAUCAAAGAGUCGAUCGUGGCGCGUGCGCUCGAGCACGAUCGGAUCUUGCUCGUCGCUGGCGGUAUUGGAGCUACGUUUAUGAUUCCCAUAUACCAAGCCUUGGUAGAGCAUCUGGAAGGGCAAGACAGCGGGCUUGAGCGGCUCAAUUUCACAUGGGCGCUGAGGUCUGCCGCAGAAGGCGAAUGGGCAGCAGAUAUAGGAGGAAUCUUCCGUGAGAAUGCUCCUAUUCAGGUCUAUCUCACGCGACAGGGCCAGCCGUUCAUUCAGGAACAGCUAUCCGAUUCUGCACCUUUGGCCGAGAAUAUGGAGAUGGGUGAUUUCGAGCCAUCUGAAGCGGGGAUGAUUGGUGGAGUCAAAGCGGCAAUAGGCCGGCCAGAUCUCCGAAAAAUUGUUGAUGAUAUGUUCGGACAUCAUGCGCAUGAGCGCAUCGCGGUCCUUUUUUGUGGGCCGCAAGAGAUGGCUCGUGAUCUACGACUGUCAAUGAGCCCCUGGGUUGAUCAAGGACGGACUGUUUUCUGGCAUCAGGAGAGUUUUGGGUGGUAA